AUGCUCCUCUUCUGCCCUCAAUGCUCGAAUACACUAACCGUCUCCCGCGCCCCCGAAACCGGCACUAACCGCCUCGAAUGCCGCACAUGUCCAUACCAAUUCCUCCUCGACCAGGCGUACUACGAGCGCAAGUCGAUGAAACGGAAAGAGGUCGAGGACGUACUUGGUGGGGAGGGGGCUUGGGAUAACGUUGAUCAGACGGAUGGCAAGUCCUCCCUUCCCUCCCUCCCGAAGGGUAGAUGGUGGCUGAUGGAAUGGUGGGGAGUGUAUAGCGCAGUGUCCUGUUGAUGAGUGCGGGGGUACUAGGGCCUACUUUUAUAUGGUGCAGAUUAGGAGUGCAGAUGAGCCCAUGACCACAUUUUACAAGGUUUGCUCUCUCCCUCCUACCGUUCUCGUCCGUAAGAUCGUAGUGGAUAGCGUUGACAAAUGGGGUGAGGGUAGUGUGUUUCUUGUUCGCACAAGUGGCGAGAGAACUGAGUCCCCUGGAGAUUAUCGUAUUGCCAUACCGUGCUAUUCUACUCGCCCCAGGCAAGAGGAUCCGGAGAUGCGAGUCACGAGUUUGUUAUGGUUCCAUUGAGUUGUAUGGACGCUCAGGUAUGCACGGAUUUUUUGCAACAUACUCCACGAGUCCCCGUUUUCGGAUGCUUCUUGCCUGGGGCGAGUCUACCACGGCGAUUGCUUGGUUAGAGCUGUGCGAAAGGGAGAUGAAGAGCGUGCCGUGAUAUUGUUGGUGGCCAUAACUUCCACGGCACGAACGUGUGAGAAUAGUUAGACCAUGAAAUGAAAAUCUAAUCCAGUCUGUGC